GUCCGGCCGCUGAAUCAGCAAAUCACCGCCGGGCUGAGAGCUGUGAUGGUCGGUGACUGAGUCCUGCUGGAGAGAUGAGUUUCUACAGUGACGCGUCGACCGACGACAUGAGAGACGAGCUCGAGUCUUUGGGGUGGUACCACUAUGACCUGUCCCGCCAUGCUGCAGAAGCCCUUCUCUUGUCCAACGGCACUGAUGGCAGUUACCUCCUGAGGAACAGUAAUGAGGGACCAGGCUGCUUCGCCCUGUCUGUCAGGGCGAAGGAUUCUGUCAAGCAUUUUCACGUGACACGCAAAGACAAUGGUUAUAUGUUUGGGUUUAAUGAGUUUGCCACCCUUCAGGACUUUGUCCACCACUUUGCUAACCAGCCUCUGCUGGGCAGUGAUGCAGGAACCCUUAUUGUGCUGAAGUGUCCAUACCCGUGGCGUGUGGAGGAGCCAUCCAUCUAUGAGUCUGUGCGAGUUCACACAGCCAUACAAACAGGCCGCACAGAAAACGAUCUGGUGCCGAACGCCCCAUCGCUGGGCACAAAGGAAGGCUAUCUGGUGAAACAAGGAGCAAUUGUGAAGAGCUGGAAACAGAGGUGGUUCACACUCAACAGAUAUGAACUCAGAUACUUCAAAGACAAAAUGUGUGAGGAGCCCAUUCGAACCCUGGAUCUGAGAGCCUGCUCUGCAGCCCAGUUUGACUACUCUCAGGAGAGAGUGAACUGUUUCUGUCUGGUGUUUCCUGAGAGAACAUUUUAUCUUUGUGCAAAGACGGGUGUGGAGGCGGACGAGUGGCUCAAGAUCCUGAGGUGGAAACUGUCACAGAUAAGAAAAGGUCGAUGACACUGAAGAUGGAAAGAAGCCCCACUUUCACAGAAGAUGCCACAUCAGCUGGAUGAACAAUGAAGAGCAGCACUGUUCAACACUGAAGACUUUACAUUGUAUAACACUGGACCAUUUUUCUUUGAGUGUUGUGACUGGAGGCUAAGAACUUGGAUGUGAUUCCAGUUUCCUCUGUGACAAACUUAUUUAGUGCAAAGGAUGCUCGAUUUCUCUCGUGUCUCCUGCUAGAGUCUUAUUUUACUUUUCUUUCCCAGAGGAUGUUUGUUCCUAGAAUGUUUAACUUGGACAUCUGCUUCAACAACUGUUUAAAGUGUCCAACUGUUUAAACCAACCAUGUGUUAUUCUGUCUCUCGAUACUUUCUGACUACCCAACGGAUGCCGUUUCUUGUUUUUCCAAUUUGGGUUUGAAAUGAGAAAAUCUAAGCACGAACAAUGCUCAGAUUCCAGAUGCCUAAAACUCUGAGUAGGUUUUAACUUGCAGCACAGGAUGAAUAGCUCUUAAAAAUACUUCUGGUUGCUAGCACAAAAGGCAUCACAUGGAAAAUGACACCAGGCAAACCUUCCAACGACGGCUGGAUUGCAAUUGUCAAUGAAAUAAAAUGUAUGGAGGACUUGACCUUUAUUGUACGAGUACAAUAAAAACAAUAUAUUUUUACAUUAAAACCCUAACAAUGAAAAAAACAGCAAAACCACUUUUGGGUGCUAAAAUAAAACAUUUAUUCAGACUUGACAUUUGAUUUGACAUAUAAACUCUGUCUAAGCUGUGAAAAUGCUGACGAGGAGAUCUAAAUUCUACAGAAAAUGGCAGAAAGCAAAGUCGACAGAACAAAAAGUGUAGAGGAAAGCUCAAUCAUGAUGUGAACAAGUCAGGAGAUGUUUACACUUCCAAGUCAUUACAUGGAGGUGUGAAAACCUCCAGACAGGUUUUCCCACAACACAUGAAUGCACCAUAAGAGACAGAGAGAUUCGGUGAGCAGCGUGUGGUCCAGAGGGUGAUUCUGCUGUGGAUCCUGCUCAUGGCCGUCCUGUCACAGCUUAUGUCACCUCCACCACCUGCCUGAGCUCCUCUAUUAGAGGGGCCAGCUCCUUCUCCAGACUCAUGAUGAGACCUGAGGACACACAAAGUGGACCACCCUUAUUUUAUGAGUCAACUAGAUGCUCAAAAAAGCAGGCAUUUUCAACACAGAAUGAAAGGGAACGUCUGUGGUGACCCUGACCUUUCUGAAGACACCACCAGCACAGCUUAUCAGCUCUACACACAGAAUAUCGAACUAUAGUAGGCACAUGAAAAUUCAGGAGCACAUUCUUAUUCAUCAGAAAAUGAACCCCUCAGACUCUCACAUUUCCUCAACAGUAUUACAGUAUGUAGUCCAACUCCUGAGGCUCUCAGAGCAGCUCAUCAUUAUGGUGUAUGGUGGUUCUGUUGUACACUUUUAGCCUCUGAAUGGGAUGUGCAGACUGACGGUCACUGUAAUAUUGUACUGAGUAAAAUAUAAGCUCACUGCUGAGUAGCUACAACAGAACAUGUUGUCACAUUAAUAAGAAUCCAAGAUGAAGCUACAAUACAUUUGACUCUUUCAAAAACAUGGAAAUUUGAACAUUUACAGUUCCAUGACAUCUGGACACUGAACAACGACCACAUGGUUCAGUUGAAUACUUGAAUACUUUUGGUUGGACCCUUGUCACUGAUCACUAUUUGCUGGUGACAGACAGGAAUGUUUUUAAAAUAUGACAUUGAUGUUAGAAAUGACAUACAGCAGUGUCAUUUAUACAAACCUCACGCUGUCACUGAACCUACCAGAUAAGUUCUUUGUCUCUGGACUUCUGGUUGAGCUUGCUACACAGUAAGACAUUGGUGUGGUAUAUUAUCUGUGCCAGUUAUGAAUUAAGUUGCUUAGUUUUGCCUGAGCUUACUGGUGCUGGACUUUUUAUCUUGGAGAGAGCUUCAAUUUAAAGAUCUUUCUUACAAUCUAAUCUCUGAUCCCAUUAAUAAAAUCUUUAUAAAAUUUCAUUUGUCCCUUUAAAUAAUCUGAUUGUCCUUUAGAUACUAAUAUUCUGAAAUUUCUGAACAAAGUUGAGACUCCAAAGGUUGACCCCCCUGUGGGGGGCUGUGGUUUGACUAGAGCAAUGUAAACUGUAAACAAAGCUGAAACGUCUGUUCCUAAGGAUGGGCU